CGGUCUCCAUUGCAUGAUCAUUCCAACUAGUGGCUCUGUCCUAUCAGUCAGCUUGUCAUUUUUUGGUGUAUUCUUUGGAUUUACUGAUCCCAGCAGCCAUCAGAAUUAUGAUUUACAGUCGUGUCAGGACUAAAAAUAGAUUUAAGUUGUUCAGAGGAAAAUGAAGCAAUUAACAGCGCUGAAGACCAUGAGGUAAUUUCAAGGGACCAGUUUUGAUGUAUUUAUUCCAAGAGAUCAUGAGCAUGGUAAGCAGGAGAGUAAUAUUUGAAGUUAUUUUCAGUCUGCAAAGAGGAAAACAUUCUUAAUUACAAAUUCAGUUUUUAGCAAUGAGUCCUACAUUCUGAUAUAAAUUGCUCAUAGUAUAAUAAUAUUUAUAUUUGGUAUUAUAAUAUUUCCAAUCUCUCCAUUACUCUAAUCUGUAAAGGCACUUUGAAUAAAAUAGGUUCUAAAGGAAACAAUAUAGCUAAACAGUCAUUACACAGAGAUUAUGGUAAAUUUUAAUAAUUUUAAAACAUUACUCCUGAAGGCAUUCUUUUUCCCAAAGGGAAAUCUGUCUUUUUUCUCUUUAUGAAUUUUCCAUCUGGGAAGUUGGAAAAUAUUCUGGAAGAAAGCAAUGGCACAUCACUUCUGUAGCGUUGCCAAGAAAACUGUACAAAUCUCCAUGUGACCAGAAGAAAUCAAUUCUUAUUUGAGGUCAUCCUUACUUUAUUGGUUAUGCUGAUAAUUGCAGCCUUGGACAGAAAUCAAGGAAAAGGGAUGAUCUCAUGACUAUGGGGGACUGGAAUUUGCUGGGCAGCAUCUUAGAGGAAGUCCAUCUCCAUUCCACCAUAGUGGGCAAAAUCUGGCUCACCAUCCUUUUCAUCUUUCGCAUGUUGGUUCUCGGUGUGGCUGCUGAAGAAGUCUGGGAUGAUGAGCAAGAGGAGUUUGUUUGCAACACCGAGCAGCCAGGUUGCAACAACAUCUGCUAUGAUAAAGCUUUCCCCAUCUCCCUGAUCCGCUACUGGGUGCUCCAGGUCAUUUUUGUCUCGUCUCCUUCGCUUGUUUAUAUGGGCCACGCCAUUUAUAGACUGCAAGCCCUUGAGAAAGAGAGGCAGUGUAAGAAAGCUCACCUCAAAGAGCAGCUCAAAGAGAUAGACCCUAUUAUAGAAGAUCAUCGGAGAAUAGAGAGGCAGCUGAAGAAGCUGGAAGAACAAAAGAAAGCAAGCAAGCCUCCCUUGCAAGGGGCUUUGCUGUGGACCUAUAUCCUUCAUAUCUUGACCCGAUCAGUCUUAGAAGUGGGGUUUAUGGUGGGCCAGUAUUUUUUAUAUGGGUUUCAAAUGCAUCCACUGUAUAAGUGCACCCUUCCACCUUGCCCUAACACUGUGGAUUGCUUUGUGUCCAGACCAACAGAAAAAACAAUCUUCAUGGUCUUCAUGCAUAGCAUUGCAGCCGUUUCACUCUUUCUGAAUAUCUUGGAGAUUGUUUAUUUGGGGAUUAAGAAGAUUAGAAAUACCCUUUGCAGGAAGUCCAAGAAGAAGCUAAUGACGGCAGAAGAGGACGUUAUCUUUAAUUUCCCCAAGAAAAAUUCAAUGAUCCAGCAGAUUUGCAAACUGAGUGAUUCAUCCCACCAGGAUAGUUACAAAUUUAGGUCAGAGGAACAAGGGAGACUACCCGUUUCCUUGAAUCUUGAAGAAGGAUAUAUAUUUACUGAACAAAACCAGCACCCGGGCAAUGUGGAGCAACAGUGGCGCAGAAACUGCAGAAGCUGGCCCAGUCAGUAUCAAGAUCGACCACAUCCUUCUUAUGGGCAUCUCGGAUAUCCCAAUGGGAAUGGACAGCAUCAACACAGGCUGUUCCCCAGGCAUUAUACAAACUUCACGAGUCAGUGCCAUAACGAUGAGCAUCUGAUUGCGCCCUGCAGCACCGACAACAUUCCAGUGGAAGCAGGGCAGGCUGUCGACCUCUACAGAAAGCAUGACUCCAACACCUCAGAUGAAUCCAAGACCCUUCCACAUGCGUCUAAAAUUUCCAUAGUAUCCAACCCCAGGGAGAGCCCUCAAGCAACCUUUCGGAAGCAAAGCUGGGAAGUUGGCAGCAAGGACUUAGGAGAUGAUAAUGGCAGCUCUCCAAACACCAUGCCUUACCAGAACCACAACGCCAGCCUUUUACCCAGAAUGCUGUCCGAGAGCCAGCUGGAUAUCAACUCAGUGACCUCAGAUUCACAGAACGGUUCAGUCUUGGAAGCUAAAUGGCAAGAGGACCGCAGCCCUCCUAUCACGCAUUCAUUUUACUCCACAAGGGAACGCAGAAUGUCAAUGGCAAGUAAACCCAAGCAACCUUUCUGCUAUACUGAUAUAUUCUGCUAUACUAUAGUAAUGUGCUCUUAGAACUCUCUUCCAUCAUGAAAAAGUAAUACUAAUAUAACCGUGAUGUUACAGAGCAGCAAGAAUCUCCCUUGCCAUUAGCACAUCCUUGCCAAUAUGAAGCUGAAUUAUUUCCUACUUCUCCUCCGAUCUGAUAUGGAAGCACUUGAAGGCAGAUAUUUAAGAAUUCUAGAACUUCUGUUUUCUGGGCAGUUCUGUUGCAGUUCUCUGCUGCUGGCUGAGAUUGAGCCAUAAUUGUCUUGUUCAGGUUGCACUGUCUUCUCUCCUGCAUAAGCAGGAGAAGCUUCCGUGGACAUAAAAGAACAUUAUUUCCUCAGUGAAGACCAUAGAAGGGAGGGAUAACUUGAUUUGUAACACUGCCAUCUUCUUAUCCAGCUCAACAUGCAACUUCAAGACUCUGCUAAGACACAAAACUUCAAUAAAGAUGGGCGAAGAAAGAGGAGACUGCUUCCUUUCUUCCUGUCUCUGGACUUGAUGAAUAAACAAUGAAAGCUCCUCACUAGAACUUUCCAGCACUAUGUUGCAUGUUAACAAAGAUGUUUAAAUCCAACUUGGGUACUGUAUGUGCAGCUGUGUUUCUUCCCAGACCCGUCAAUGUACUAAUCUUAUAUUUUUCAAAGGGCUGUAAGUAUGACUUUGUUUCUUGGCGGCUUCCAAAUAUAUAGUUAUGGGCUCAACAGUUUUAAUUUUUUAAUGAGGGAAUACUCCUCCUGCUUGAGAGGAGGAGGGUGUUGUUUAUUCCAUCUACAAGAUUUCCAAAGAUGCAAUUGACAUUUUUUUUCUACUUUGGCGGCUUCCAGCAUAAGCACUUUCAUAGCCCUAUUUUGCU